AUGGCGGAUCAUAACGACGUUGACUUAGACUCGAUCAUCGACCGCCUCCUCGAGGUGCGUGGGAGCCGGCCUGGGAAGCAGGUUCAGCUUCUAGAGACCGAGAUCCGGUACCUCUGCACAAAGGCUAGGGAGAUCUUUAUCAGCCAGCCAAUCCUUCUCGAGCUGGAGGCUCCCAUCAAGAUCUGCGGCGAUAUCCACGGCCAAUACUAUGAUCUCCUACGUCUCUUCGAGUACGGCGGCUUCCCGCCCGAGGCGAAUUACCUCUUCCUCGGCGACUACGUCGACCGUGGCAAACAAUCCCUCGAGACCAUCUGCCUCCUGCUUGCCUAUAAGAUCAAGUACCCCGAGAACUUCUUCAUCUUAAGAGGCAACCACGAAUGCGCGUCUAUCAACCGUAUCUAUGGGUUCUACGACGAGUGCAAGCGCCGCUACAACAUCAAGCUAUGGAAGACGUUCACGGACUGCUUCAACUGCCUGCCGAUCGCCGCAAUCAUCGACGAAAAGAUCUUCACGAUGCACGGUGGUCUAAGCCCCGAUCUCAACUCGAUGGAGCAGAUCCGUCGGGUAAUGCGACCCACUGAUAUUCCCGAUUGCGGACUGCUCUGCGAUCUACUAUGGUCUGACCCCGAUAAGGAUAUCACUGGUUGGAGCGAAAACGACCGUGGCGUCUCGUUCACGUUCGGGCCUGAUGUGGUUUCCCGGUUCCUGCAGAAGCACGACAUGGAUCUGAUCUGCCGCGCUCACCAAGUCGUGGAAGAUGGUUACGAGUUCUUCUCGAAGCGACAGCUGGUUACCCUGUUUAGCGCCCCCAAUUACUGUGGAGAGUUCGACAAUGCCGGAGCUAUGAUGAGCGUCGACGAGAGCUUGCUCUGUUCCUUCCAGAUUCUCAAGCCUGCUGAGAAGAAACAAAAGUACGUCCAUGGCGGCCUCGGAGGCAGCGGUUUCGCAUCUCCAAGAAAGCAAUCCAAGUCCUAA